AUGUAUCGCUCGUCGUCGCGCACUCCACUGCGCAUCGGCGCGGCCAUCACUGCUGUCCUCCUAUGUUGGCACUUUUUGAGCCUCAGCUCCUACGGUGGUGAAUACGAUGAGGUGAAACAAUUGAACCCCGUCGUCGGUUCUGCCGCCGCCGCGCCUUCCGCCACACCCGUUGUCCCGGAACCGCAAUUGCCGUGCGACUCGUUACAUGGGCUCCAGGACGUUUUUCUGGUCUUGAGGACGGGCGCCAACGAGGCUCUUGAUAAGCUGCCUGCGCACUUCAACACCACGCUGCGCUGCUUCUCUCCGGGUGGAUACGGCAUCUGGUCAGACUAUGAGGAGAUGAUUGGGGGCCACCAUGUCAUGAAUGCUCUCGAUCGGAUACCCUCCGAUAUCAUGGAGAACCAUCCCGACUUUGACUACUACCGGCGCCUCCAGAAGCAUGGACGAGGUACAUUUUCUGCCGAUGAGCUCGACGAGUGGGCCACAGCCCCCAACGGAGCCAGUGGCCGCGACACGCCUGGUUGGAAAUUGGACAAGUGGAAGUUCCUGCCCGUCAUGGAAAAAGCUUACCGCCAGAGGCCCGAUGCCAAAUGGUAUGUUUUCGCCGAAGGUGACACGUACGUCAGUUGGAGGAAUUUACUCGAAUGGCUCUCCAAGAUCGAUGCUUCCAAGCCGCUGUAUCUGGGCCACGAGAUGCAAAUAGGGGAUGUGAUCUUUGCCCACGGCGGGUCCGGUUACGUCAUUUCUAAUCCGGGCAUGAAAAAGUUGCUCGUCUUUCUGGCGACCAAACCUGGAGUCUACGAGGAAAUUACUGCCGGACACUGGGCUGGAGACUGUGUCCUGGGCAAGGCUCUCGAUGACGCUGGGGUCAAGCUGUCUUGGCAAUACCCAAACUUUCCUGGAGAGUCUCCCUACACCAUGGAUUACAACGCCACAUUCGGAGGAUCGUCUAAGCGGAAUUUUUGGUGUUACUCCGUGAACGCAUAUCAUCACAUUUCAUCUCAUGGAAUUCAAGAGGCUUAUCGCCUGGAUCAAAAGUGGGCGCUUGAGCACUCACAACCGAUCCGCUACGGUGACGUCUUCCAUCAUUUAAUACGACCGCAUAUUACGCCCAGAAUUGAGAACUGGGACAACGAGUGUGCCGAUGAUGAAGGUGCUAUGGAAACCUUUGCAGACUGUCGUCAGGCCUGCCAGGAUAAAUCACAGUGCUUUCAGUAUCUCUACAACCCCAUCGACUCGAGCUGCAAGACGUCUUCUGUGAUCAAACUCGGCGAGCGACAAGCCAAAAGCACGAAGCCCGAGGCAAGCUUGGUGUCGGGGUGGUUGGUAGACCGGGUCGAUGAUUUCAUGAGCACGAUGGAUGCUACAUGCAAGAGCCAGAGCGACGCGUGGAAGCUACCGGAUUGA